AUGUUUUGCGACGUGUGCAAGGAGGGCAUCGAAGAGAUAUGGGAUCCCAGCCGCACCAAGCGUGUGGGCAAGUUCAAAGAAUUGGAGGCACAGUGGGGGAGCAGCAAGGAGCCAAGAGAUGGUUUCGCAAAGUAUUGGUCAUCUCUCCCUGAAGACAGGGAUAAUUUUGCCGAACUUGACCCCUCUGAAUGCUUAUUCAUUCAUCACAAGACUGCGGCGUCUUUUAUGGCCUCGGUGCAUGAUGGGUGUGCCAUGUGCAACUAUUUCUAUAGGUGGGGUAAUAUCGACAUACCGAGCUCGCUUCAAGAAGAGGAGGAAAAUUCCGGGUGCUGUUUCUCAGUCUUCAGUAUGGAUAUAGAUUGGGAAUACCACUUCUUGUCGAUACAAAUUUUGGCCAAGACGGAUCGUCGUACGGGUUCUACGAUCAAAGUUGUAGAUAUCAAAGCUGAUCGGAACAUAAAUUUCGAGUAUGAAGCAUCAACCAACAGCGCUACCAGACUUAGCGACAUCCUAUCGACCUACUCGUCUAUUGCAAAUGAAUGA